AUGCUUGGUACCAAAGACUAUACGCCCAGAAAGAAAGUGUCUGACUUUAAGGAAUUCAGGAAAAAACUGUUUUUAUCCCAGACACGUCCACUGAUCGGGUGUUGUUCUCUACAUGCGUUUGCAGGUGUUGGGAAGUCUUCACUAGUUCACCUCUUAUGCCAAAACCAGGUGUUGGGGAAUCCAUCUUGGACAGUGGGCUGCUCGGUGGAUGUUCGAAUUCAUGACUACAAAGAAGGGACUCCAGAAGAGAAGACCUACUAUAUUGAGCUGUGGGAUGUUGGCGGUUCAGUGGGCAGUGCCACUAGCGUGAAAAGCACACGAGCAGUAUUUUAUAACUUGCUGAAUGGGAUAAUUUUAGUGCAUGAUUUAACCAACAAGAAGUCAUCCCAGAAUCUGUAUCGCUGGUCUUUGGAAGCACUCAACAGAGAUGUCGCUCCAACGGGAGUUCUAGUGACAAACGGUGACUAUGACCGUGAACAGUUUGCUGAUAACCAGAUUCCACUGCUGGUAAUAGGAACUAAACUGGAUCAGAUCCCAGAAACUAAGCGGAAUGAAGUUUUAACCAGAACAGCUUUCCUGGCUGAGGAUUUCAAUGCUGAAGAGAUCAAUUUGGAUUGCACCAAUCCUCGUUAUCUGGCUGCAGGCUCAUCCAAUGCUGUCAAGCUAAGCAGGUUUUUUGAUAAGGUCAUAGAGAAGAGAUACUUUUUAAGAGAUGGCAAUCAGAUUCCUGGCUUCACAGAAAGGAAGAGGUUUGGAGGAGGAGCGCUAAAGAGCCUUCAUUAUGACUGAACAUUGAGAAUAAGUUGAAGAUGGAUUUUUCUCAGUGUCUAACUACGUUCCCAUUGGAUGCUUAAAGACAAUAAUGCUUGUGUCAGGCAGAAUGAAAUGAAAUCAUGCUUUGGCUAGGUAGACUGCUGAAGCUACUUCUGCUGCAAAAGACUUGGGGAAGAAUGUCCAGAAUCUAAUUUGAGAUCUGGACUUGCAGGCCUUCUGGAUAUAUGGGAACUUUUGGAGGAUGUGUGCAAUAAAUUCAGUGCCUCCCACAUUGCUGUGGGAAAUGUUAUCAUGCACGGCAUGUAUAUUUGAUGUCUUUUUCUCCAUUCUGGAAGAUUUAUGAACAAUCUUUGCAAUGAAUUACAUUCAUCUUACCUCCAGCAGAAAGAUGACACUGAGUGGGCUUCUCAUUUUCAGUAAAGUGAAAGAAAAACAAGAGAGCAAAAUGUAGAGAUGAGUAAGGAAUGGUCUGGAAAAUACAGAAUGCUAUUACUAAAUGAAUGCUGUUGUCUCACCUGGAACACACUGUUCAGCUCCACUCAGAAGUGAUAAAAGAGAAAUAGACAAGAAAUGAAAAAGAUUUGAAGCCCCAAAAAUUAUGGGUGGAAAACAAAUGGUAUUAAUUCUGCUGCUUUAAUUAAAAUUGUUUACUUUGGAGAGGACAGAGAAAGUGAAUCGGGUACUCCCGUUUAUCUUCUCAUUAUUGAAACUCCUUGCUCUUAUAUCAAGUUAAAAAGGCAAUGCAUUGAAAGUUGAUGGGAAAAGUAUAUUUUUAUACCAUGCUUAUGUGGACCUCAAUGUGAAACGGUCUUACUGAGUCCGAGAGCUUAGUAGGUUCAGAAAACAUGAAAUAUAAGAACAUCCACUGUUGAAUUAGAAUGGAUAGAAAUUUUAAAAGGAUAUAAAGCCCUGUAAAGAGUAGGAACCAAGUAAGCAUGCUUAGAAAGAAUGAACUGUGAUAGGGCAGUUUUGUUGACACAUCUAGCGCUAAAGAUGCGGCAGACUUGACAAAGAGGCCUGCUGGUCUGAUCUGCAGUGCCAGCUAUUGGCUUUCUAAAUAUCCUUGUCUCUGUAUAAUUUCUCAUCUCCCCAAAACUAUAAGGAGAGGUAAAAGCUAAGUUCAUGGCAGUUUCUUCUUUUCCCUUCUGUCCUUCCUUCCUCAUAGUUACCUCUAAUGGUUAAAGCCUCUGGCAGAGGCUGACUAAGAGCUGGAGUUAGAUGUAAAUACAGAUUAAUAAUAAAUGGGAGUAGAAGAAAGUAAAUGCUGGUGUGAAAUUGACAUUGAGCUGAGUUCUGCAGUCUCCAGAUUACAUCUGCCUGCAGCUCUUCUCUAGCAGCUGCCUGGAAUUAAAUGGGAAACUGCCUAUUGCCACUAAUCAGGCACAAAAAUGACAGCUAGGUGUGCUAGUCAAACUUAUUAAAAUUAAAAAUAUGACUGCUUUGCUUUUCCUUUCUUCAGGCCAUUUCCUAAAGGGUCUCGGAGCGUUUGCAAACGUUAGUGGCCUACAUUUUUAGAUGGCAGUAUGAAAUAGGAUAUUAGUUUACAUUUACUUUAUGACCAGGGAAAAUAAGGUUUUGAAAUAUUCAUACCAGAUAACCCACGCCCAAGUUAUGCUGCUCAUGACAGCACCAAGUCUGUCUCAGCUCCUUUGACAAUGAAAGCUGGAAUUAUUUUCCCAAGGUCAGACAGUAUUUUAGGGUAAUCAGAUCUGGGCUCCCUCUUGUUACCAAGGAGCUGCAGAAAAAAACAAGAAAGCUAGGCCUAUUUUCUCUUUCACCUUAUGGCUUCGUUAAGAGAAUUGAAAGUGUUGUGGAGUAAGGGAAGUCAAGAGCACCCGUUUAGACUAAGAUAUUGCACUACCUAAUGACAAGACAAGUCUUCGAUUUCAAGGAAGAAACUUUCCAAACUAGCCUUAUUCAAUUAAUCAAAAAAGGAAUGUUGUGCAGUAUGGUGUAAAGUGGCCUAAGCCCUAGUCAGGACUUAACUGUAUUUGUGCAUUUCACUGCAGAGGCUCCACAAAGAAACUCUCUUAGUAUGAGAAAUCUUACAGAAGUGAAUUCAUGCUCCAGGAAUAGGUCUAGUGCAUCAGUGGGAUGGAAGCUAAUGGCAGUCAGGAUUUUGGGACAAAUUAAAAAAAAUACUGUCAUGAUAGGAGGGAAAGAUGAUAAAGGGAACAAGAGCUAAGGAGGAGUAGCGUACAUCAGCAAGCUGUAGAAAGGCAAUGCUAGCAGAUUGAGAGGGCAGUUUGUUCAAGGCUCUGGCUCCUGCUCUAGGCCCAGCUAAGUCUAUCAGCAUGCUGUCAUCCACUUGUGAGCUGUGAAAACUUGUCCCAGGAUAUUUCCAUCCCCUACUGAAUUGACUUGCUGCAUGGCCUGACAAGUGACUUCGCUGGUCAGUCUCACUGUUUCCAUCUGCAAAGUGAAAGAUGCUUCCCUGGAGGCAUAGUCCUGAUGUAUCUGUCUGUCAAACUCCUGUGCUUUCAACACAUUGCGAAUUAAAGAGUCCGUAUUUUUGUUAUUUCAGUCUUGAUCAUUUACCUUGAAGAAAAUGAGGACCAAAGGUGUACCAAGCUGUUUGUAUUGUAACAAUACUUAGUCUGAUAUGACCACCUUUAACUCUGUCCUGCCAUAAACUCUUUUAACUUCACUACAGUUAGUUUUAAGGCACUGAAAUCCUCUAUAUAGCCGUCAUGGUUAUAUUUCUGACAGUUAAAGGCUGAAUUUCUGUGCUGUUCUCCAUCAGUAGCCCUUAAAAAUGACUGCAGACCCAUCUGACCAUGAUCAGUGUUUUAGCAUUUGUGGUCACAGAUUAAAUUUCUAUGUAAAAUAUCCAUGCAUUUUCCCCCUAUAUAUUUUUGCCUGCUUUUCUUUUUGUAGCAUUCCAGCAGGGCCAAGUUAAAGUUAAUAACACAUUUUGAAUUUUCUUUAACUAAAAUCCUGAAAUUUCGUGGUUUUCCCAUGCUUGGUGUUAGGAUGAUUGCAGUAUCCCCAUUUUGUGCUUCAUCUCUGUGACCACCACGUGCUCUCCGUUUUAGCUCUGUUUAAAUGCUUCCAUACUGUUUUUGCUUGGAAUAGUGGCUUCUGUUUUCCUAAAGGUGAUACAGAGGAAAGCUAUGCAGAAUGGGCAGAGAGAAUAAUAAAUUAGACAAAUGGGAACUGGCAUAAGCCCUGCCAGACACCCUUAGCCUGCUGAGUAGGUGUAGUGUGGAAUUAGGUGCAUCUGUCUCUUUAUUUUAAUCAGCAUGGGUGGCUCCAUACACAAGGGCUACCAGUUUCACAUAGUGCCUUGGUUAUACCCAUAUUGCUGUUGUGUAGAUUCAAGAAUACCUUGCGCCUCCUAUGAUGAUCAAAUGAUCAGGAUCCAGCGGGCAACUUGGAAUGACCAUCCCUUUUCCCAGAUCUUUUUUCAUCCAUUUUCCUCUUCCUUGCUGCCCCAUCCCUUCCAUGCUUCUGCCUUACACCUAUUUUAAAAUCUCUGAACAGCUAUGUUGAAUUGUCACUAAUAAAGCUGUGUUCAUCUUUUUCCCACACAUUCAGUGCCCUGCCCAAUCCAAACCAUUUGUGUUUUUUUUAUGUCACAGGCAAGAGCGUAGUGAUUGUUUCUUACCUGUGUUAAUACAAUAUAUUAUAAGUCCAGCAUCUUAGGUAUUUUAAUAUAAGUAGAUCUCCAAUCCAGAUAAAGAAUCUUAUUUGUUUAGACCUCAGCAGGUAACCACAGUAAGGCGUAGUCUUUCUUUUUAGGAUAAGAAAUGAGUAAUGGAGUCAUGUAUUCUGGUGAUGUUACGGUUAUUUUUAAAGGACGUGCUAAGUUCCCCUUUUUUGAAAAUAGGAGCUACCAGAGGCAGUUUGAUUGCUCUUUGCACCUCACCUUUUUCAGCUGCCGACAAAAUGCUUCAGCUCCAGGCUUGGGGCCGCGCUACCAAGUGCUCUCCCUGUGUCACGCUUCACUCCUCCUUCUAUAUGUGUUUCAACUUUCUCUUCUUUGUCCCCCUCUCCCUUUCUGUCCCCCCACCUCAUCUUCUCAUGCCCUCUGUGAUGCUUUGUCUACCCAGCCUCUGUUUACCCCAUCGCCCUUUCUCUGGCCCCAGUUUCUAUCCUCCUUCCUGUCCCCCCUCCACUGGCCCCUCAUAUGACCCCUUUGUGUCCCCACUCUCUUUGUGUUUCCUCCCACUUCUCCCACUGGCCUGCCCUUUCUCCCCAUCUCUUUCUCUCACCUUCCAUCUCUGUCUCUCUCCCUCUGUCUCGUUCUCUGUCUUUCCCUGGCUCUGUCUGGCAGUUUCUGUAUCUUGCUGUUUCUGUCUCUUGCCAUUUCCCUCUCUCACUGGCUCAUGUCUUGCUGUUUCUAUUUUCU